AUGGCGAAUAAUUUUGAAGUUUGGUGGUUGGUGCUGCUGAUUGGGCUUGUGGGUUUGAUUCAGAAUGCGGAAUCGGAGUACAGGGUUUACGAUACUGAGUCCAAGAUUGUGCCUGGAAAGCUCAAUGUGCAUUUAGUUCCCCACACUCAUGAUGAUGUUGGAUGGUUAAAAACCGUUGAUCAGUACUAUGUCGGUUCCAACAAUUCGAUUCAGGGGGCAUGUGUGCAAAAUGUGUUGGAUUCUUUGAUUCCGACGCUGUUGGCUGAUAAGAAUAGGAAAUUCAUCUAUGUUGAACAGGCCUUCUUCCAGCGAUGGUGGAGAAAUCAGAGUCCAGCAAUGCAAGAAACAGUUAGAGGACUUGUCAACGAGGGUCGACUCGAGUUCAUAAAUGGUGGCUGGUGUAUGCAUGACGAGGCAGCUACUCAUUAUAUUGACAUGAUUGAUCAAACAACCCUUGGUCACCGAUACAUCAAAGAGCAGUUUAAUGUAACUCCUAGAGUUGGCUGGCAAAUCGAUCCCUUUGGGCAUUCUGCAAUACAAGCAUAUCUUCUUGGUGCCGAGGUUGGAUUUGACUCUCUGUUCUUCGGGCGCAUUGACUAUCAAGAUAGAGAAAAGCGGAAAGUUGAGAAGGCUCUUGAGGUUGUUUGGCAAGGUUCUAAAAGUUUGGGCUCUACUGCACAGAUUUUUGCUGGUGCAUUCCCAAAGAACUAUGAACCUCCCGAAGGAGGUUUUUACUAUGAAGUCAAUUCUGCUUCUCCCGUUGUGCAGGAUGAUCCCGCUCUAUUUGAUUACAAUGUUGAAGAACGUGUCAAUGCUUUUGUUGCUGCUGCUUACUGGCAGGCUAAUAUCACUCGAACAAAUCAUAUAAUGUUUACGAUGGGGACAGAUUUCCAGUAUCAGUAUGCUCUGACAUGGUUUCGGAACAUGGACAAGCUGAUCCAUUAUGUUAACAAAGAUGGGCGUGUCAAUGCGAUGUAUUCUACACCAUCAAUUUACACUGAUGCGAAAUAUGCUUCAAAUGAGUCCUGGCCUCUUAAAACUGAUGAUUAUUUUCCAUAUGCUGACCGCAUAAAUGCUUAUUGGACUGGAUAUUUUACCAGUAGACCUGCUCUCAAACGCUAUGUUCGAGAAAUGAGUGGGUACUAUUUGGCAGCUAGGCAGCUGGAGUUUUUCAAAGGCAGAAAUGAAGCUGGACCAACUACUGACUCAUUGGCUGAUGCGCUAGCAAUCGCUCAACAUCAUGAUGCAGUCAGUGGCACAUCACAACAACAUGUGGCUAAUGAUUAUGCCAAACGUCUAGCUAUAGGCUACAAGGAGGCUGAAGAUGUAGUUUCAGCAUCGCUUGCUUUUCUAGCAGAUUCGUCAUCAAAAUCUGGCUAUAAAAGUUCAGAAAGGAAAUUUAAGCAGUGCCCACUCCUGAAUAUAAGUUAUUGUCCUCCAACUGAAGUUGAUUUAUCUCCAGGGAAAAGAUUAAUGGUGGUUAUAUAUAACUCUCUAGGGUGGAAAAGAGACGAAAUUGUCAAAGUUCCUGUUACUAGCGUGGAUGUUGCUGUUCAAGAUUCUGCUGGAAAAGAAAUAGUAUCUCAGAUUCUUCCUGUUGUUAAUGUGUCGAUGGCAUUACGAAGAUUUUAUGCAACUGCAAAUGUGGGAAAGCCCCCUUCUGGAGGACCCUUGUAUUGGCUUGCAUUUAAGGCAGAAGUUCCUCCUCUUGGUUUUAGAACAUAUAUUGUCACCAGUAGCAAAAGAGCAGCAAGUGUAGCCGUAGCUUCAGUAAGGGAAGAAACAUUUUAUGGACAUGAUGAAAGUCAAAACAAUGCUGUGGAAGUAGGGCCAGGAAAUUUGAAGCUUGUGUAUUCUGGAAGUAGUGGGAAACUCACUGAAUAUAUACAAAGCAAUAUAAAGGGCACAAACACGGUCAAGUUCUCUGUAGAUCAAUCUUACAGUUACUAUAUUGGAGAUGACGGUAGUAAGGACCCUCCGUCUCAGCUUCAGGCUUCUGGAGCGUACGUUUUCCGCCCCAAUUCCACAUUUCCCAUCCAAUCUCAAGAGAAGAUUCCUCUGACAGUUCUAAGGGGGCCGCUGUUUGAUGAAGCUCAUCAGAGCAUAAGUCCAUGGAUAUAUCAGGUUACUAGAGUUUACAAGGAAAAGCAGCAUGCUGAGGUCGAAUUCAUUGUUGGCCCCAUACCAAUCGAUGAUAGACUUGGCAAAGAGAUCGUAACAAAAAUUGACACCAGCAUCAAGAGCAACCAAACUUUUUAUACAGAUUCAAAUGGACGAGAUUACCUCAAAAGGAUACGGAAUUACAGGUCUGAUUGGAAACUUGAAGUGAAUCAGCCUGUUGCAGGAAACUAUUAUCCAAUCAAUCAUGGAAUCUAUAUGCAAGAUGACAGUACCGAGUUCUCAGUCUUGGUUGAUAGAGCUGUGGGAGGUUCCAGCAUACUGGAUGGGCAGCUGGAGCUCAUGCUUCACAGGAGACUUCUUCAUGAUGAUGGUAGAGGUGUAGCUGAGGCUUUAAAUGAAACGACAUGUAUUCCUGAUGGAUGCAAAGGCUUAACAAUUCAAGGCAAGUACUACUUCAAGUUUGAUCCACUUGGGGAGGGAGCUAAGUGGCGGCGAUCAUUUGGACAGGAAAUAUACUCUCCACUUCUUUUAGCAUUCAGUGAACAGGACGGAGACAGUUGGAACAAUUUUCAAGUUCCCACCUUUACGGGAAUUGAUCCUUCGUAUAGUCUUCCUGAUAAUGUGGCGAUGAUAACUCUUGAGGAACUUGUGGACGGAACAGUUUUACUUCGCUUGGCUCAUUUAUACGAGGUUGGAGAAGACAAAGACUUAUCAGUACCUGCAAACGUUGAACUGAAAAAAUUGUUUCCAAAUAAGAAGAUCAACAAAAUCACAGAGAUGGGCUUAUCUGCUAACCAAAAGAGAGAAGACAUGGAAAAGAAAAGAUUAGCUUGGAGAGCUGAUUCUUCGAGUGAUGCAACAAAGAAGCCGUCAAGAGGGGGCCCUGUUGAUCCUAUGAGGCUGGUGGUUCAACUUGCUCCAAUGGAGAUUCGUACAUUCACAAUCGAAUUUGGUAAAAAACUGUCCACCACUUCAAGGUAA